GUGCCCGAGGCCGUUACCGCGCAAUAGCUGACGACUGUGAGGAUGGGGGUACAAAACUGGAGCUGUCCCGCGAUACAAUGAUGGUGUUGGAGCUGCUGUUCAGUCUUGAAGAGAUACAUUAGUUUACCAAAUCACUCUGCAUAUCGAAACCUCAAACAGGUUCAAAGUCGCCAUGUCUUCACCGCCAAGAGUCUUCGAGGGCAAGCUUGCCAUCAUCACUGGCGCCUCGCGCAGCUUCGGUGCUGCACUAGCGACCUACUUCGCCUCCCGCGGCGCCAACGUCGUAAUCAACUACGCCACAGCGUCCUCCGACGCCCGCGCCAAAGAGCUCGCGCACCAGCUCUCCACCGAGCACAACAUCACCGCCCUCCCCAUCCGCGCCGACCUCCUCGACCCAACCGCGCCCCAAUACCUCAUCGACACCGCCAAAGCCCACUUCACCACCCCCACCCGCCCCUUCCAAAUCGACAUCCUAAUCAACAACGCCGCCAUCGUCAACGCCCAGCCCAUCCACGCCCUGGACAUCACCCAGUUCCAGCAAACCUUCGACCUGAACGUGCGCGCCCCCGCCCUCCUCAUAAAAGCCGCCUACCCCUUCCUGCCCCACGACCGCUCCGCCCGCAUCGUAAACAUCUCCUCUGCAACCACCACAUGGGGCCUGAUCCAACAGACCGCGUACGCGGGCACCAAGGGCGCCAUCGAAGCCAUGACGCGGGUGUGGGCGCGCGAGCUGGCCGAGCGCGGCACAGUGAAUUGCGUGAGUCCUGGCCCGAUGGAUACAGGGCUGCUCAACGGGCUGCCGGACGAGCCGCGCGAGGCGCUGAAGCUGUACAAUGCGCUGAUUCCGCUCGCGCGCGAGAGGCCCGGGGUCGAUACCGAGGGGAUGUUGAGGCUGGCGGGGGAGAUUGGCGGCAGGCCGGGGACGCUGGAGGAGGUUGCUGGGAUUGUGGGGAUUGCGUGUUUGCCUGAGAGUGGGUGGAUGACGGGGAAUCAGUUGGGGGCUAGUGGGGGAGGGGCGUUUGUGCGAUGA